AUGGCUGCUCUGGCAGAGCAAAAGGAUGUCUUCAGGAUCCUUUUAGCAUGUCCUGAUAUCGACGCAGACCUCAAGGACGAAGAUGGAUUCACCCCUUUGCGCGUUGCUACAUGCUUGGACACAACUGCUAGGACUGUGCAAGAUCGAAUCGAUUCCUCGAUUGUUGCUGGGACGCCACAAGAAAAUUCCGUGGGUGAAAACUCAACAGAGAAUGCUGGAAAUGCCGCGGCAAAGAAAUCCCUUCCUAGCAAUACCUUGGAUCAUGCGGUAAUACGGAAAGGCCAAGUGACAGUCCAUUCUUCGCCGAAGACAAUAAAAAUCGAAGCAAGCCUUUCGUCCUUGAGCCUGGCUACUGGCCGCACACCUCUACAUGACGCUGCAAAGUCUGGCUAUGAUGAUGUCACCAAAGCACUGCUAGCAAGGAAGGACAUUAAUACUACUGUGUCGGACGGUGCUGGCAUGACACCAUUGCACAAGGCAGCCAAAUACGGCAAUCUUUCCGUCGUCAAAUUGCUCCUGGAACGACCCGAGAUCUCUGGCCAUGAACGUUCAAAUGAGAAGUCCGGUCGCUUGCCCAUCCAUAUGGCCGCAAAGUACGACCGCUUGAAAGUGGUUGCGUAUUACCUCGCACAAGACGAGGACCUCGUCAACGCAGUCGACAACGAUGGGAAAUCGGUCUUGCACCACGUACUCUUCGAGGAUACGCCACAGACAAUCGAAGCCCUGUUGAAGCUUAAAAACGUCAAGCCUGAUCUGAAAGAUAAAUCAAGGAAGGACGCCGCUUUGGGACGCGAUUGA